AUUCGCUCCUGCUAUUGUGGUGGUUGAAUUACUUUCCAGUACCAGGGUAUUUAGUUAAGCAGAUUGUGUUUUCUUGCAUUCCGAGAUGAUCUCUCUUGACGGUGCUCGGUGACAAGUGGCUUGGGCGACGGCUGAAGUACACACAAACAGAUACAUGAGCAUGCAUAUAAACCAAAGAAUAGCGAGAUGGGAAACCACACUGCGAGGGUCAUGAAUUAUUGUGCUGUUGAAUGAAGAAUUGCUAGCGGUGGACCUGUGACGCCUCUAUCUUCUGUCCACUAACCAUGGGAAGUGCAGAGGAAAUACAAGGAUGGACAGUAAAAAUGAGCACUCCGAGUGUUUUGGCCAUGGUGACGGUCUUUUCCAUGAUUCCUGGCGGGGUACUCAGCGAUAUGAGGGGUACUCAGGGUCUGGAAGCCCAACAAUUAGCCCAGGGGUCCACUCAUCUGCAUCGUCGCCUGAAGAGAGGCUGGAUCUGGAAACAGCUGUUUGUCCCCGAGGAAGAUCCCACUCCUCGAGUUAUUGGCCAGCUCAAAUCGGACUACGACCGAGGCGAGUUCUCCAUCAAGUACAUAUUGUCAGGGGAAGGUGCUGGAGAUGCGUUCAAGAUCGAUGAGUAUUCUGGGGAGAUUCGGACGUUGAAGAAGCUCGACCGUGAGGAAAAGGCCUUCUACGUCCUUCAAGCCCAAGCAAUUAACAGGAGGUCCAAUGAACCGGUGGAACCCCAGUCCGAGUUCAUCAUUAAAGUGCAGGACAUCAAUGAUAAUAUCCCUCAGUUCCAGAAUGAACCAUAUGUGUCCAGUAUCCCCGAGAUGUGUCCAACAGGGACCACAGUGGCCCAGGUGACAGCCACAGAUGCUGAUGAUCCCAUGUUUGGAAACAACGCCAAGCUCAUCUAUUCCAUCCUGCAGGGGGAGCCCUACUUCUCUGUGGAGCCCAAAACAGGCAUUAUUCUCACAUCGUGGCCAAACAUGGACCGUGAAGUUCGAGAGCAGUACCUGGUGGUCGUGCAGGUGAAGGAUAUGCUGGGUCUGAGCGGCGGUUACUCCUCCACCACCACCGUUACCGUCAGCCUGACUGAUGUUAACGACAACGGCCCUAUAUUCCAACACCACCUCUACACUUUUGCCGUCCCGGAAAACGCAGAAGUGGGCACCACCGUCGGCAGAAUUAUGGCCGAAGAUGGAGACGUUGGCAUCAACGCCAAAAUGACUUACAGUCUUGAAGACGACUUAGAGGAAAGCUCCACCUUCAUCAUUAAAACUGACCCAGUGACGCAGGAAGGAGUGGUUCUGUUGGCCAAGCCUUUGGACUACGAAGGUAAGAGACGCUUUGUUAUGGCUGCGGAGGCCGUCAACGACCACGUGGACACUCGUUUUCUACCUUUGGAGGAAUUCAGGGACAGGACGACGCUUAAGAUUGUCGUGGAGGAUGUGGACGAACCCCCGGUGUUUCUCAUGCCGCUGUACGAGUGGAAAAUCCCUGAAAAUGCAGCCGUGGGAACCGUGGUUGGCAGCAUCAGCGCCAGAGACACUGACACAGUCAACAAUCCCAUCAGAUAUUCAAUUGACAAAAGGAGUGACACCACAAAAGCAUUCAAAAUAGACCCAAACAAUGGAACUAUAACUGUCGCUAAGGCUUUGGACCGGGAGACUGCAAACUGGCACAAUGUGACGGUUGCAGCCACAGAAACAACACAGAAUCAUUUAUCCUCCUCUGUGGUGGUGUUCAUCAAAGUGCUGGACAUAAACGACAAUGUGCCAAGGCUUGCAAGAGAUUACCAGCCAUAUAUCUGUGAGGGGACACAGGCGGGAGAACUUAUUCAGCUGCUCAGUGCUGUGGAUCCCGACGAGCCGGUGGAAGGACAUCACUUUUAUUUCUCCAUGGUCCCUGAGAAACACAUCAACCCAAACUUCACCAUCAGAGAUAAUCAAGACAACACAGCUGGCGUCGUAGCGCGCAGGAGUACUUUCACCCGUAAGGACCGAACCCAGUACCUGCUCCCCGUGGUGGUGACGGACAGCGGUUCACCUGCGCUCUCCAGCACCAGCACUUUGACCAUCAGCGUCUGCAGCUGCCAACCUGCCGGACACUGCCCCACGGGGGGGGUGGAGGCCCUCGCCCUGUCCAUGGGGGUCAGCAUGCAGACCCUGUUAGGGUUACUAAUCAGUCUUGUCACACUUACAGUGCUGUCAGUUCUAAUGCUGAUGGUGAGGAGACACAGGCGGAAACAGCAGGAGGGACUGGAGGUGGAGGUGAAGGAGCUGGAACUCCCAGAGAUGGUGUCGCAGAAGGUGCUGUAUUACCGGGAUCCGGGUGGCGGUGGAGCGGACCUGGACUUCUGCCAGCCCGUCGUCCCGCUGCGCCCCCACCCCAGGAGGAGAGAGAGGAGGCUGAGGAGGGAGGACGUGAGGGCCAGCAUACGCAUGUCCCUACGAGAGUCCCACCUCAUCGGACCGGAGGACGAGGUCUUCAGACAGUUUAUUCUGGACAGACUGGCGGAGGCCGACGAGGAUCCUUACGUCCCUCCGUUCGACUGCCUGAGAACGUACGCGUACGAGGGGACGGGGUCUCCCACGGGGUCUCUGAGCUCGUUAGACUCGUCCGCUUUUGAGGAUGAACCGGAACAACCAGUCUACAACCCCAGACCCUACACGGUGAGGCUCACCCCGUGGUUUGGGGCGGCAGAGGAGGACACUGUCUUCUGAGACCCUCGUAAUCUAAUCUAAAAUGGAUGAUUUUCUAAACGUUGGAAAAGUACGACAGAACAGUGUGUUUCCUGUCAGCACUCACUUAGCAUGGACAUAAAAGUGUGAACAGUUUGGAUAAUAGGCCUCACA